UUUCUUAUUUGCUUCUUUUGAAAUGUCUGAUCCAACUCAGUCUCAGACCAACAUUUCUGUUGGACUGGAUAACCUAGAAAGAGUUUUGUUUUCCUCUCUGACUACAUUACUGUGCUGUAUCUUCUUCUGCAUUAAUGUCAUCAUGUUAUUCACCUUGAGGAGUAAACUGGUGUUUCGUGAAACCUGCCGGUACAUUCUCCUGUAUAACCUCAUUCUUGCAGACACUCUACAGAUGGCAGUGAGCCAGAUAUUAUACAUGAUGUCUGUUUGUAAAAUAAUGUCAGCUUAUCCUGUCUGUGGGCUUCUUGUCAUGUUUGCUAAUCUCACCAAUGAAAUCUCUCCUCUCACUCUGGUGUUAAUGUCUCUGGAGAGAUAUGUAGCUGUGUGUUACCCACUGAGGCACGCUAACAUCGUCACCAUCAGAAACACAGAGGUGGCGAUCCUUUUGAUUUGGGCCUUUUGUUCAGUAAAUAUCCUCAUUCGAGUUCUGUUGCUGUUAGAGUUUCCCUUUAAAGAGCUGCAGAGUCUGCAGAUCAAGAAAUACAUUUGCGACACAUUCCUCAUGUUUCUCACUCCUGUAUCUCAUGAGUAUGACAAAGCUUACUCUUGUUUUCUGUUUGUGUCAGCUUUUGUUGGAGUCACUUCUUCCUAUAUAGGUGUUAUACUGGCAGCCAGGUCGGCCUCCGCAGACAAAGCUUCUGCCCGGAAGGCUCGUAACACACUGCUGCUGCAUCUGGUGCAGCUGGGCUUCAGUCUCUCUUCAACUGUGAACAAUGCAUUAAUUUUAGUCAUCUCUAAAACCUUUUCAAGACGAGUGCUUUUACUCAUCCAGAAUGUUUUUUAUGUGCUUCUUUUUAUUCUUCCCAGAUGUCUGAGUGCACUUAUCUAUGGGCUCAGAGACCAGACCAUCAGACCCAUCCUUAUGUAUAAUCUAUGUUGUCGACUGAAACUCUCAGUCAUCACAACAAAGGCUAAGAUUUCCCCUUAGGAUAUAUGGAAAGUAGCAAUAACUGUCUCUAUGUUUGUUAAACUCUUUCACAGUCAUCUAAGUGAUUUUCAUAAAUCAGCAAUAAAUUAACUGGAAGUUUAUUUUUCUGGCAAUAACUUCUCAUUUGUUUGUCUUUCCUGUAAGAAGAACACAUCCAGAUGUGGUUUUUAUCAGUAUUUCUUAAAAUCCAGUUAUACCAGCCUGUCCUUAUUAUCAUCCUCAAAGUCCACCAGUAGCCCAUCCAUCCAUUUUCUUCCACUUAUCCAGUUCAGGGUGAGAGGGACUGGAGCCUAUCCCAGCUGUCAUAGAGCAAGAGGCAGAGUACACCCUCGACAGAUCAGUCUGUCACAGGACUAACAGAGACAGACAGCUGUUCAUGCCUAGAGCCAAUUAACCCAGCCUGCAUGUCUUUGGACUGUGGGAGGAAGCCGGAGUAUCCAGUGAGAAUGCACACAGACAUGAAAACAUGCAAACUCCACACUGAAAGGCUCGUCUGACGAGGAAGGCCAGCAGCAUCAUUUCAGCAUCACUUCACCCUCUACAGAUUCAUACAAUCCCACAUAAACUGCAGUGGCCUCCAUCACCUCCCACACACUAUAAUAACUUGCACUGAUAACUUUCAGGACUCUUUUUUCCUCCCUACAUAAGCACUGCUUCAAGUUUAAUAUUCUAUUUCUUAUCUAUUAUUAUUAUUGUUGUCUAUUUAUCAUUUUUUUACUAUUUGUUUUCUUUCAUUAAUGGGCAGAGACACCGGUAUAAAUUGUAUACAUUUGAUACAUUUGUAGCCAAAAUUUGCAAUUUGUACACAGCAUGCACAGUAUGCAUUAUGGGUGGGAGUGUAGCUAAAUGUGUGCAUAAAUGAUGGCAGUAGAGUAAAGUAUCCAAGUGACUCAUAACAAA